GAAGUUACGGACGUAUCGUGAAGGCUGUAACAGCUUCCUGAAACCUUCCUUGGCCGGAGUUCUGGGAAACCAGGUUUUGAGCGCAUUAGGAGGUGUCAUGCUGAGCUCUUUUUCUUAAGCCUCAGAAUCUUGGCUUCCGCGUUCGGGGAAAACUCAGCUCUCGUUCUCGAUCCAGAGUUCCCCGAGUUCUCGCGAGAUCCGCGGGCUGAGCCGAGAGCAUCCAAACAGCCAGUAUCCCCUAGGAGCUGUACCGGGCCGUGGGAGCCUUAGUGACGGGAAGUCGCGUUCGGGAGCGAGCCUAACGCUGGCGGACCCCGCCUGGGAGCCUGGCAGCGAUGGAUGAGGACCUGGUUUUGGCACUGCGGCUUCAGGAAGAGUGGGACUUGCAGGUCUCGAAGCGCAGUCAGGCUCAGGAGCCCCUAUCACUGGUGGACGAGUCCUGGGAGCUGGUGGAUCCCACCCCAGACCUGCAGGCCCUGUUCGUGCAGUUCAACGAUCGGUUCUUCUGGGGCCAGCUGGAGGCCGUCGAGGUGAAGUGGAGCAGGCGAAUGACCCUGUGUGCUGGGAUAUGCAGCUAUGAAGGCAGGGGUGGAAUGUGUUCCAUCCGCCUCAGUGAACCCCUUUUAAAGUUGAGACCAAGAAAGGACCUUGUGGAGACCCUCCUGCAUGAAAUGAUACAUGCCUAUUUAUUUGUCACUAAUAAUGAUAAAGACCGGGAAGGGCACGGUCCCGAGUUUUGUAAGCACAUGCAUCGCAUUAAUCGCCUGACUGGAGCCAAUGUAACGAUAUACCACACCUUCCACGAUGAGGUGGACGAGUACCGGCGACACUGGUGGCGCUGUGACGGGCCAUGUCAGCUCAGAAAGCCCUACUACGGCUACGUCAAGCGUGCCACCAACAGGGCCCCCUCUGCUCAUGACUACUGGUGGGCUGAGCACCAGAGCACCUGUGGAGGCACUUACGUUAAAAUCAAGGAACCGGAGAACUACUCAAAAAAGGGCAAAGGGAAGACAAACCCAGCAGCGGCCGAGAACAAAGAUAAACCCAACAGAGUUGUCCCGUUUAGUGGGAAAGGACAUGUUCUAGGAGAAACAAACAAUUCCGCUUCAUCUGGGAAGUGCACCCCUUCGUGUGCUGUUACUAAAACCCAUGAUCGUUUAAGUCAAGACCAUUCAGCAAACGCCAUGAGACCAAAUUCUACAACUGAGGUGAAAUUUGAACAGAACGGUUCAAGGAAAACAGCUUCUCUAGUCUCUCCUGUUCUUAACACCUGUCACCAAAGUGUUUUAAGCAACUACUUUCCUAGGGUAACAAUUGCCAAUCAAAAGGCCUUCAGGAGUGCGACUGGGUCCCCAAGGAAAAUUGUCACAGUUGGUGACAUCAGUAAAAUCUCCGUCUCUUCUGUUUCUCAGAGAAAGGCUUCAUCUUCUAAGAUAGCCCUGAGAAAUUCUUUAAAAGCAGUGGAAUCAACAUGUGUAUCCCUGGACGCAAGUGGAUCUAAACAUGAAUUUCCGAGUAAACGACCCAGGCUGGAAGACAAGACUGUUUUUGACAAUUUUUUCAUCAAGAAAGAGAAAAUACAGAACGGUGGGAAUGAUCCGAAGUGUAGCCCACACCCUGCAGCGGCAGCGCAGGACUCCAGCGGUCCGUCCAGUGAGGGCAAAGUGGUCUGCUGUCCUGUUUGUCAGAACAAGGUUUUAGAGUCUCAAAUUAAUGAACACUUAGAUUUCUGCCUUGAAUGACAACAUCAGGAUCAAAAGCAGCAAAAAUCUUUGGGAAAAAGUGAGGGUCGCAAAAAAGGGUCUCGCAUGCCACCACCAAUACCUCACCAAGAGCGUCAGUCACUCAGGAAGUUCUGGCUAACACUUAAGAUUUGUAGUUUGUAACCUAGUUCACACAACCAACACAAAAUGUUCUAUUUUAUAUAUACAUUGGAUGUUGUAAUUUAAAAUAUUUCUCUAAAGGCACUGUAUUUAUAUUUCCUCUUGCCUUAUGUAUACUCUGGCCCAGUUUGUUCUGCAUGUUUACAUGUGUAAUUUCAGAUAUUUUUGUUCUUUCUUGCUCUUAAAAGCUUUUAAGAUCUGUUCAUCUUUCUACUUGCAUAAUUUAUAAAUAUUUGGUUAAACUGAGUAUUUCCUUAUGAAUAGUAAAACUCAUUCCCAGUACUAUUAGUAUUUAUAGUGUUAGGCAUAUUGACCAAAAACACAAUCUUCAGUGCAGAAUAUGUUAUGUUUGGGUACUUAAGGUAUUUUUAAAAUUUUUAAAACUUUUUUCCUCUCAAAUCUUAACAGGAAAUACAUUUUAUAUAUUUGAAAGAAUUUUAUUUGUUUUACUUUGGUGGCAUCAGAUUUUAAAGUAGAGUAUGGUAAAACAAAAUUCUUUCGGCAUAUCAUUAGUAUCAAAUAGCCACUGUAAUUCUGCAGGCCAGAGUUGAGUUGUUUUCUCAAAGUUUAGCAAAAUGAGCGGCUAAAAGUUGGUGCUAAGUAACUAAGAUAUGUAACAAAGCAAACCUAGUUUAUGUAACGCUGGAAUUAUAUUACGGCCCUUUAAGCCAAAGUUGAAACUGUUAACAGUAAAAGGAAUACCGUUUGGUAAUUUAAAUAUAUUUUUAAAUUGAUACAGUGAAGGGACACACACGCUUUUAGCAGUUGCCUUCUGUGUCACGGCUAUACCUCCAGCGUGCUGUCAUCUUCACAGGUUUUCUUUUUCCUUUGGGCACCGUGGCUCAUCUGUACAGAAGGUGCAGAGAGAUCCUCACUGUGAAGCUGGUGACCGACUGCAUCAGUUACCACCCACACCCAAGGUGUCCUCACCGGUGCCUCUGCCCUGCUAAUCCCCAAAGCCUCUGAGUAACCCGUUUUCUCCACUGUC